CCACUGCAAUACUUCGUAAGAAGCCUGCACCUAACAAACUCAUUGUUGACGAUGCAACAAACGAUGAUAACUCUGUAAUGUCUCUUUCUACCGCAACCAUGGAAAAGUUACAACUUUUCCGUGGUGAUACCGUAUUGAUCAAAGGAAAAAAGAGACGUGAUACUGUACUGAUUGUUUUGGCUGACGAUAGUUGUGAAGAUACAAAAGUAAAAAUUAAUAAAGUCGUACGAAAUAAUCUUCGUGUACGUCUCGGUGAUGUGGUAUCAAUCAAUCCCUGUACCGAAAUUAAAUAUGGAAAACGUGUUCAUGUUCUGCCAAUCGAUGAUACGAUUGAAGGUGUAACGGGUAAUUUGUUUGAU